GAAUCUUCCGUUUCUCUCUCAAAACUCUUGCAGAUCUGCAGAAAGAAGAGAGAUAACACAAGACGACGAUGUCGAUGGCCAUGGCGAGGGCAAGCUCCGGCCUCGCUUAUCCCGACCGCUUCUACGCUGCCGCCUCCUAUGCCGGUUUCGAUGGAUCCCCCAAUUCAUCCUCCAAGGGCGUCAGCUCCAAGUUCUCAAACGACGUCGCUUUGCUCCUUUACGCCCUCUACCAACAGGCUACAGUAGGGCGAUGUACCAUUCCAAAGCCACGUGGUUGGAAUCCCAUUGAACAAAGCAAGUGGACGAGCUGGCAUGGGCUUGGAAACAUGGCUGCAGCAGAAGCAAUGCGGCUUUUUGUGAAAAUACUGGAGGAAGAAGAUCCGGGGUGGUAUUCAAGAGCAUCUGACUUUGUUGCAGAGCCAGUGGUAGAUGUGGAAAUAAAUCAUCAUCCAAAAGUUGAACCAGUUACGGAGAAUGGGAACUCUUUUCCUGAGACAAAGACUAUUUCUCAUGAAAAUGGCAGCAUGUUGGAAACUCAGGACAAGGAUGUUGUCUUGGAGGGCCUUGGUUCAAUUGCUGUCUAUGAUCAGUGGAUUGCUCCUUCAGUGUCUGGUCAACGUCCUAAACCACGAUAUGAGCAUGGAGCAGCAGUUGUUCAAGAUAAAAUGUAUAUAUUUGGUGGAAACCACAAUGGUCGUUACCUUAAUGAUCUUCAGGUUCUUGAUUUGAGAAGUUGGACCUGGUCCAAGGUUGAGGUUAAGGCCGGGACUGAGUCACUGGAGUCACCAUCUACUGUACCAUUACCUUCCUGUGCUGGUCAUUCCUUGAUACAAUGGGAAAAUAAGCUUCUUUCAAUUGCUGGACACACAAAAGAUCCCUCUGAAACAAUCCAAGUGAAGGCAUUUGAUCUGCAAACUUGUACAUGGUCAACCUUAAAAACUUACGGCAAGGCACCGGCGUCAAGAGGAGGUCAAUCUGUAACCCUUGUUGGGACAAGCUUGGUCAUAUUUGGUGGACAAGAUGCAAAGAGAUCUCUCUUGAAUGAUCUACAUCUUCUUGACCUAGAAACAAUGACCUGGGAUGAAAUAGAUGCUGUGGGUGUGCCUCCAUCUCCAAGGUCUGAUCAUGCUGCUGCAGUACAUGCAGAGCGUUACCUUCUUAUCUUUGGUGGUGGUUCACAUGCUACUUGCUUCAAUGAUCUGCAUGUCCUUGAUUUGCAAGCUAUGGAAUGGUCAAGACCCACUCAACAAGGUGACAUACCGACUCCACGGGCUGGACAUGCAGGUGUGCCAGUUGGGGAGAAUUGGUUUAUUGUUGGUGGUGGUGAUAAUAAAAGUGGGGUCUCUGAAACUGUUGUCUUGAACAUGUCCACACUUGUGUGGUCAGUUGUAACUACCGUUCAAGGGCGUGUUCCUCUUGCUAGUGAGGGCUUGAGUUUGGUUGUAGGCUCCUAUAAUGGCGAAGAUGUUCUCAUAUCUUUUGGAGGAUACAAUGGGCGGUACAGCAAUGAGGUCAACGUUCUUAAACCUAGCCAUAAAUCAAGCUUGCAAACAAAAAUAAUGGAGCCUGUGCCUGAAAGCGUUUCUGCUGUGCAUAAUGCUACUAAUGCCACCAGAGAUGUUGAGUCUGAGUUUGAAGCAGGUCAAGAAGGAAAAAUAAGGGAAAUUGUUAUGGACAAUGUUGAUUCAGAACCCAUGAAGAUAAAAAAUGAAGAAACUGGUGAAGGUCUUAUUGCAACUCUGAAGUCAGAGAAAGAAGAGCUAGAAUCAUCACUCAACAAGGAGAAGACGCAGUCUCUCCAAUUAAAGCAAGAGUUAGCAGAAGCUGAGACUCGAAACUCAGACCUGUACAAGGAGCUCCAAUCAGUACGUGGUCAACUUGCUGCUGAGCAGUCAAGAUGUUUCAAACUUGAGGUGGACGUUGCAGAACUUCGACAAAAGCUACAGACAAUGGAGACCCUACAAAAGGAACUUGAGCUGCUACAGAGACAAAAGGCUGCCUCAGAACAAGCUUUAAACGCAAAACAGAGGCAGAGCUCAGGUGGCAUGUGGGGUUGGCUUGCUGGAACACCAAAUGAAAAAGCCGAUGAUGCCUGAAAAAUCGGUACCCUUUUGUUACACUAGAAGACACUUAGAUUUGGUUGUCAUCCAUUAUUUUUGGGGUCAAUGAUUUUUGUGGUCUUUUUUAACCCAGUUCUUUCCUUUGAUAGAAAAUAAGACAUAGGUGUCUGCUGGCUGAGAUGGGCUUUUUCUCAUAUGAAUACAUGUUGUGUAAGUUUUUACUAUAUGUAGUUUUUGCAUAUGACAGUCACAAUUUUUAUCUGUCUGUAAUUGAAUCCAAAAAAUAUGAUUGAAGUAUAGGCUUACCAUUUGUACUCUGCACUGAGAGGAUGAUUUGAACAACUUCCCCAGUCUCUUAU